AUGCUCCGGACGCGACCAAGAGCCAUCUCCACGGGCUGGUCAGUCAAGACUGCCACGCGAGCUCAUUCGAGUCUGGAGAACUGUCCUGAGGGAUGCGGUCUAACUGUGCUGUCCUUAUCGAUGUCGAUGAUCGAGCGCCCCGUGAGGUCCUGCACCGGCUUGCCUGUGCUCAAUCAUGGCAGAUUGCGCAUGAUGCUGAUCUCCUUGGUAUUCCUUACCUUCGUUCUUGAAGCUCGCAUUCGCCAGGUGUUGCAUUGGUUUCAUGCCACUGCUGUGUGCCGUAGAGCCUGUGACUUGCAUGGCGCAAGCUCACCAUGUCUUGACUGGAUGUGGUCGGGGGACCCUAGAUGGAAGUGUUAG